CCAAGAUUGAAGAUUGGGGAUUUCAAUUCGGAGCUUCUUUGAGUAUUGAGCAUUAUUUCCACAGCUUCAAAUACCCUUCAGACUCUUACGCCAUCGUCGAUUCGAUAUCAGCACCUAUCAUAUCCAUUCGCUCGGAGUCAAUUCGUCCACACCGUCAAAAUGGUUGCUAUGUACAACGUCCUCGGCCGCCAGGUCGGCUCGCACUACCUCGCAAUGGGUGUUCUCGCCACUUUGUUCGGCGGCAGUUACCUUAGCUUAAGGGGCGGAAGCAAGAAGAUUACUCAGACACCUCCCAUCAACGCAUCGACUCCCGACGAGGCCGACUUCAUCCAGAACUUCUUAAAGCAGGCUGAUGCGGACGAAAAGGCGGCGAAGCAUUAGAGUUGAUUGAGCAUCAUAUCGGCCUGGAAUACCGGUCGACUGUACAUAUAGAUAUGGUCACAACGAGAGCAGCCAACCUGCGAAAGAGCAUUGAUAUUUGCUCAGGAUUCUAAUCUGCGAGAAGUCUUUUGUGAUAUUUUGAGGACUUCAUGUCCGCAAACGACAUAGAUGGAAUAAACAAUAUCAACCAUUCACCUGGGAGCUCACUGAUAUUCGUGUUCAAAUUCUUAUGAAGUAUCUCCGUACGCCUCGGCUCCGACAAUCUCAUAUAACCCAGACUCACCACUCCAUGGCAGAGGAGCUAUCAUUGUUGACCAAAACUAGCUCAGCUAGUUUCACUAUUAUUCUCUAUUUAGUAGCAGGCUCCUAGCCGUAGUACAGCAAGACAUAACCGGGAAUUUGAACUUCAGUCAGACAAGGAGGAUGGGCAUAGUGUUUGCCCUGAUACGUACCUAGGUAGGUAUCAAUCCCGGCAUGAUGGCUUUGUCUUCUACAUCAGUCUAUAUUGUUAUGGCGCUGGUGCCUAUUACUAUUUACUUUUAUGAUCGACCUGCAUGAUGUGGUUUUCCUUUUCAAGCCAGGAGGGCCAAUGGCGCACCUUGUGCUAUGAUAUCUCGAGUCUUGGCACACUAAAUGGCGACGGUUAAGUCAUUUCAAAACACCAACCUGUCUGAAGAAAGCAAGCAGCUGGAUUAGAG